CCCAAACAGCAGAAUCUGAUUUGAGUGUUUUGUCUUCAGGACGCAACCUAAAGAAAAUCACCAUGAAGUUCUUCCUGAUGUUAAUGUUGAUUGGAGCCAGCAUCCUUUUCUCCAAAGCUAUGCAGCCUUUCGGCCCAGGUUACAACAGCCACUGCAUGUGUGUAAAACUGGAGUCGAGGGUAAUCCCACCAGAUAACUUGCAAAGUGUGGAGAUCUUGCCAAGAGGUCAUCACUGUAAGACUACAGAGGUCAUUGCCGGUUUAUCAAGUGGAGAGAAGAUCUGCCUUAACCCCAGGACACCAUGGGUUAAAAAACUCAUUAACUUUAUUGAGAAAAAGAACGAAGCAACAAGAAAGAAUAAAAUACACUAAUAUCACUUUCAUUACCUCUAUUCACAAGGUAGCUUCGCCAUGUAUUCUGUGUCAUUCAUCAAAAGUUAAUCUCUAUCAUUUUUGCAUAUGUAUUUUUGCAUCAAUCUUUUAUUAUAAGCCUACUUCUGUUGUAAUAGUUGUAAAGUGUGUGGAUGACUUUGUUUUGUUUUUAAUAAAUCCUGUGUUUG